AUGGAAAUAUCAUUCUGGAUUUUACUCUUUUUAGGAGCAAACUUGCUUUAUUACAUAGAAUGUGUAUGUCUACAAAAUACAUCAUCAACCUGUCUGACGUCAUUCACAGAACUGAGAAAACACGUGACGAGUAUACAAGUGACGGAUUUACUGAUUCCGUCUAAAAAUAAUACAAAUCAUAGGGUUGUGUGUAGGUUAUAUGAAGAAUAUCGGUCGUGUAAAUAUACGGGUUUUGAGAAAUGUUACAACGAAAUACAAAAAGAAAUGACAAUUUUGGAUAAAGUUUUUGAUCCAAUAUGCAGCAAACAGUUUCAUGAUUUCGUGACAGGGACAAAUUGUAUACAUCGUUAUCGUCGACAUUAUAAAGUUUGUCAUCGUAAAAAACAUAACAAAGAUUCACAUGUUCCUUCAUAUCGAAGCUUACAUUCUAAACAUCGUAAAGAUAACAUACAUUGCAACAUUACUAAAGACUAUAUAAUGUGUCUGUAUAGUGUGACAGCUCUAGGCUGUUCCAUUGAUGUGGCAGAAAAUUAUUUCACAAUACUAAACCAAAGCCUUUCAACUGCCUUUAAAUAUAGAGGACAAUUGUGUAUUCUUAACCAUCCAUUAACAGCAAUUUCAACUACGUCAUCAUCAAAAUUGAUGAUGUCACAUUCUGUGUGGACUACGCCAUCAAUGUCUGUGUAUAGUAAUUUAGGCAGUAGAAAUUCAGCAGUGACAUUUAGUUCUAGAUUGUGUAAUGUUUUGUAUAUUUUUGUAUAUUUCUAUUUAAUAUUGUCAUGUUUAGAUAAAUAA